GUAGACAAAAGAAUUGAAUUUGGUACUACAAUGUCUGUUGCAAAAACUAGUGUCCAAGUUGCUAUUGCAGAAAGUGUAACAUCUGAAUUAACAGAGCUUCUCAUACAAUUUAUAAUGAAAAAUCAUCAUAAUACUGGGUUAAAUAUAGAAGAAACAUGUCAGUUGAAGGUUGGAAUUAGUGGAUCAUCCAUUUUAAAAACCAAUAAACAUCUCUUAGAUAAUGAUAUUAGUAAUCUUCCUAAAAUAACAAAUCCGGAAUAUCACAAACCAAGAGGUCGUCCCUCAAAGCGUCUUAAGCCAUCAACUGAAGAGAACAAUAAUCAAUACAUAGUAUUAUCUUCUAAGACCUGUAGCUACUGUCAAGAAAAGGGACAUAAUAUUAGAGGAUGCAAAAAGCAAAAAAAUGACUCUAUCGAUAAGGAAAAUA